AUACCUAGGUCACCAGGACAAAGAUCUGCCUGCUGAUACUACGGUAGUAGCUGCCGGGCGUCAAUUCAUGGCACGUACUUGGAUGCUUCAGCAUGGGAAUCUGCUGGCUCCAAGUGAAGGUGAUCCUAAACAUCUCGAGUUCUCUGAUUGCGAAAUCCUAGAGAAUGGACUUGGAGGGUCACUUGUGCGUGUCGGUGAUGCCGCUGGAAGCUUUGUUGGGAUAAACAUUCGUUGUGCAAAAGGGAAGACUGCAUUCCUACCACGCAUGUUAAUUCGUGAAUGCUUGGAACAAUAUCAGAUACUAACUCUUAGAGAUUUGGAAGGAGACGAUGAUUCUGAGAAGGAAGAUGUGGAAGGAAGCGAUGAUUCAGGGCAGGAAGAUGUGGAAGGAGGCGAUGAUUCUGGGCAGGAAGAGACAGAAGACACUAGCACGUAUGGUGUAGGUUUCAUGGUUUUGCUUCAUACUCUUGCUUCUUAUGAUGCAAUAUAUCUUACCAUGGUUUGCUGA